AUGUCUGACGACUACCUGGACUUGAGUCCAAUAGAUUGGGCAAACACUCUUGACUGGCGAUGGGAGACAGCGUGCCGCGAACUUUGCGAAGAGUAUCACGCCAAACAGACAAAGAAGGUUCAAGCUCCUGUAUUCGACUUUCUGGUCGAUCGCGAGGUGUGGGAGACGUUCUUCAGCGACAUAAAGGAUAAGAUGGCGCCUCAGUCUCUGCUCAAGAUCCCGCCAUGGCCAUUCAGAAUAACGCCUCAAAUGACCCAAGACAGCCAGCCCUCAUCACCCGAGUACAUCAAGUAUCAGAGAGACAGGAUGAGAAUGAAACGCAAGAGAGCCAAGAGAGAGUCUUGGAUAUCCGACAUCAGCCUGGAAGCCGCUCCCUCCGACGCCUCGUCUUCGUCUGUCCCACAAGUUCCUUUGCCGGCCUUGAACCCAACUUCAGAUGCCUCGUCAAAUGAUGCUGGUGCCUCAGUCUCGCAAGCCCCUUCAACUGUUCCACCAGAAAUCAACCUAAAAGUACUCACAUCUUCGCUGCCGCGAGGCUCAUCUGCACAUUCACUACGACAGGGCCUUUGGAAGCUUGCAGGUGGAGACGAUACAUUCAGACCACCGAUCACCGGGCCGUUUCAGAUGAAGUUGCCGGAUUUAGCCCCUUUGAACUGGUUCGUCACCGGCGCAAACUUCGAAGACUUGGCAAAAAUCACGAGAGACUUUCUCCCUAGAGGUUUAGCUCUCAAAGUGGAGAUAACAUCAAACGACAGCAAGGACACUGAAUUCCACGAAGUUCUCACAUUGGGGUUCGCCAAGGGUUGUGGGGACAAGGCUUACGACUGGGCUGAGCUUCUCAGGUUCUGGGGCUACAUGACGGAGUGGCUGUCCACGGUUUACCAUGGAGCGUCAACGACACUUCGCCAGCAUUUGUUCUCUCUCCACCACAAGACGACAUCUACAGGACGCGUGCCGAGCACACGGUCAUAUAACGAAAUGGCCCACAACGACGACAAGAAGAAGCAAGUCCCCGAUGACAUAAAUAUCUCUGGCCCCCCUUUGCACGUAUUGCCACACAGCGCCUUCAAGCAUCCCCCGAGUGAUAGGGUAGUCAUCCUAAUGGGCAAUGGCAUGAUCGUGCGAUACGCUGUACAACACUUGAACCACCGCUGGAUGACAUGGCCAAAGUCAAAGAAACCUGACUGUGCUGUUCACAUCCAAGGUGAGUCUGAUGUUACCCUUCGCUCUGGAGAGCCUGUGGUUGUUGAGUUCCAGUCUGACCUAAUCUUUACAGCAAAGCUAUACCCUCAUCGUGGAACGGCCGGCAAAGACGAAGUCAAAUGUAACAUCGAGUACGAUGAAGAGGUUCUCUUGGGUAGCGACGACAUGCUGUGGAUGAGGGAGCCAAAGGAGAAGGCUCCGGUGGAAAAGGUUACCUGA